AUGGAGUCUAAGAAUGAAAGCAAGUCCGUCCCUCAGCAACAUGUCUCUAAAGACUUUGCAGAUGGCGAGAUCGUCAAGCCUGGCGAUGCACUGGCUGACGAUGAAGAGCUCACUAUUGCGAUGGCCAACUAUAUCCCUGGUACAGUUGAGGAAAGGCGUCUUGUUCGCAAGAUCGACUUUACACUUUUGCCUUGCUUAUGGUGGAUGUAUGUUCUUGCAUACCUGGAUCGUGGAAAUAUCGCGAAUGCGAAUGCCGCUGGUAUGAGUGAGAGUCUCAACAUGAAAGAUAACGACUACUCGCUCCUUGUGUACCUCUUUUUCGUCGGCUACUUCCUCUGUGAAGUUCCCUCCAACAUGAUCAUGAACAAGUGCCGCCCCUCAAUAUACCUCCCAACCAUCGUCUGGGUCUGGGGCUGCAUCGUCAUUGCCCUCUCACAAGCCAAGAACUACAAAGGCUUCCUCGCUGGACGCUUCUUUCUUGGCUGCAUCGAGGCAGGUCUCUUUCCAGGUGCCAUCUACCUUUUGACGUGCUGGUACACCAAGAAGGAAAUCGGCAAGCGGUUCUGUAUCUUCUACACCUCUGGCUGCAUCGCCCCAGCUUUAGGCGGUAUCAUGGCCGGUGCCAUCGUCAAAGGUCUCGAAGGAGUCCGGGGCAUUCCCGGCUGGCGCUGGCUAUUCAUCGUCGAAGGCGCACUCACUGUGUUUUGCGGUUUCGGGCUAUAUUUUCUUCUACCGGACUAUCCCAGUAAUGCGCGCUACUUCUCCCCCGACCAGCGCCGCCUCGCGCAGAUUCGCAUCCUCAUCGAUCGACAGGUCAGUGUCGGCAGCACAACACGUCGUAUGACUUCGUGGCAAGCCUUCAAGGCUGUUGUCACUGAUGGGAAGACAUGGUUCUUUCUCAUUGCAUACAGCAUCAUCAUCCUCGGCAUGUCCAUCUCUUACUUUGUUCCCACUAUCCUGAAGACCAUGGGCUAUACCAAGGUUACCGCGCAGUGGAUGACUGUCCCCAUAUGGAUCACCGGCGCUGUCUGCCAGCUGGCUCUGUCCUGGACUUCAGACAAGCUCCAAGACAGAAGGUGGCAUAGCUGCGGUCUUUACGGACUUGCGGCUGUCGCUUGCAUAAUCUCAGCCUUAGUUCACUCUGCCAUAGCCAAAUAUGUCAUGAUGUGCCUGCUUGUCGCUGGUCUCUACACCGGACUCCCUCUCAUGCUCAACUGGACCAGCGAGUCGAUCCCAUUCCCCGACCAGAAGCGCUCCAUUUCUAUUGCCCUUGUCAACUCAUUUGGCCAUCUGGCCAUUAUCUACGGAAGUUAUUUGUGGCCCAGCACCAACGCUCCACAGCACUUGGUCGGGUUUGCUACUCUGACGGCUACCUGCGGCUUUGGAUGCGUUAUCGCGAUUGUUGCGCCAUGGUACUUUGGGCUUCUACCCAAGGAGCCUGUCACCAAGGCCGAGCGAGACCUAGUAGCUCUUCAACAGCAGGAUCAGCAACAUGAGUUAUAA